GAUGUCAAACCCCAUGUGACCUUUGCUGCCAUCUCUCAUUGCUUCUUCUACCAUCUCACUUCACUCCUUAAUUACAACACAUAUAUAUAUGUUCAUAUCCCUAUAUAUAUAUCUACACAUAUAUGUAUUCUCUAAUCUCAGCCGCCGCCGUGAUAUCUCCACCACCAAGCUAACAGAAUUCCGAGAUCGAACAGAAAAGGAACUUGCAAGCUAGCUAGCUUUCUAUGAUUGUUAGGGGAAAUGGGGUUAGGGAGGAGCAUAAAUAGGAAUGGAGAUUACUUGGAAGGAAUGUUGAGUGAUUACAUGGGAGGAAGGAAGGGUGGUAAUAACAAUAAGAUAAGAUCAACAAAGACUGGAUCAACAAAGCUUGUUGCAGUGCUCACUUUCCUGCAAUUCACUUUUGCUGUUUAUGCAACAUUUCUUCUGUACUACAUGAGUCCUUCUGUGGAUUUAAGGAUGAAGCCUGAUUUUUCUUGGGCUUCAAGAAUGGCACAACAAUGGAAGCAAUAUUUGAUCAUCCCUCCACAUGUAGUGACCAAAUACCAAGAAUCCAACUCCCUGGUGAAAGGUGAGACAUCUCAGCAGAUGAUGGUGUUUAGCCCUUCUGAGGUUUGUGAGCUCGAAAAGAUUGAUUUCGAGCAGAAGAAAUCGAGUGAUGCUGUGAUGAUCAAGCUGAAGAGGGAGCUUUAUCAGCAGGUGUUGGAUUUCCAGAAGAGUAGUUUUGGCACUGAGACUCUGUCUGAGCUGAUGGCAAUGAAGUCUAAGUGGGAUUUGCGAAGUCCAAAUAAGCCGAAAAUCACUGUGAUUUUGAACCAUUUCAAGAGGAAGACUCUUUGUGCACAAUUGGAUUCUUUGCUCAACCAGACCCUCCCUUUCCAUAAUGUUUGGGUGCUGUCAUUUGGGAGCCCUAAUGAGCUGACCUUGAGACGAAUCGUGGAAAGCUACAACGAUACGAGAAUCAGUUUCAUCAGCUCGGGCUAUGAUUUCAAGUACUAUGGCAGGUUCCAAAUGGCCUUGCAGACCGAGGCAGAUCUUGUGUACAUUGUGGACGAUGACAUGAUCCCCGGGAAGAAAAUGCUGCAGAUUCUAGCACAUGUUGCAGGGACGGAGAAGUACCAGAAUUCGGUACUGGGAAGCAUCGGGAGGAUCUUGCCUUUCAGACAGAAGGAUUUCAGCUUCCCUAGCUACAGAAAGUUCAGGUCCAAAGAGGCAGGGCUCUAUUUGCCUGAUCCUGCUUAUGACAUCUUGGUCGAUCGAAUUGUCCAGGUCGAUUUUCUCUCGAGUUCUUGGUUCCUCUCUGCCGAGCUUGUCAAGACUCUCUUCAUUGAAGCACCUUACACUUUCAUGACAGGAGAAGACCUGCACUUAAGCUAUCAGCUUCAGAAGUACAGGAAUGCUGGCUCAUUUGUCCUGCCAGUUGAUCCAAAUGACAAAGAAACAUGGGGUGACAGUGAGCACAGGCUAGCAUAUGUCUCAGAAACAACUGUGAUCUUCAAGGACAUUGUUCAGGUCAGGGAUGACCAAUGGUGGAAGGCGCUUUCCACCGGCUACGUGACCCAAUGGGCUGCAAUGAAUCCCCAGAAGAUCGACGCCCUCUUCUACGCUCACUCGGUGGACGAGGUGAAGGCGCUCGCCCCACUGCUCGAGAAGUUCAGGAAAACCGUGGGGAGAAAGGCCUACAUUGUUGUUUCUGGGGGCAAGUUCUUGGGCUGUGAGGAUGCUGUCAUGGCUUUGAACUGGCCGAAAUCGGUCUGCAGGGAAAGGAGAUUCAAGAUCAUGGAUUUGGGGAUUGGGGCUUUGUCUGGGAUUUCAAAUUCAGAAGUGCCUGUUCUGCAGGCUGUGUAUGCCAGCAUGAAAGGGCUAAUCAAGAUUCAUAACCCCAGUGUUGUGAUCACAGUAGCUGAUGCAGACUCUAACAUUAAGAAAGCUCUGAAAAUGGCUGUGGAGACCAACACAAACAACUCCACACUUGUUCUUCUGCCAAGAUCAUCUGUGCCAAAAGUUCUGUGGAUGGCCGAUCUUCGCCCCACUGCAUUGCCAAAUUGGAACAAGAUGAGAGUAUCCAUCAACAUUAUCACUCAAAACAGGGCAAAUUCAUUGGCAAGGUUGUUGAGAUCUCUGAGCAGUGCAUUCUAUGUAGGAGAUGAAGUUUCCAUCACAUUCAACAUGGACAGCAAGGUGGACGAGGCAACCAUCAAGCUGGUGAACUCAUUCAACUGGCCUCAUGGGCCGAAAACUCUACGAAGACGAAUCAUCCAGGGUGGGCUAAUUCGAGCCGUGAGUGAAAGUUGGUACCCUUCCUCAGACGACGACUUCGGGCUCCUGCUUGAGGAUGACAUCGAAGUCUCCCCUUACUAUUACCUCUGGAUUAAGUACGCUCUCUUGGCAUACCAUUAUGAUCCCCAAGUCUCACUCCCUGAGCUCUCAACAAUCUCUCUUUACACGCCGCGCUUGGUUGAGGUGGUGAAGGAGCGACCCAAGUGGAAUGCCACUGAGUUCUUCAAACAGAUCCACCCAAACACGCCCUACCUCCACCAACUCCCAUGUAGUUGGGGAGCAGUGUUCUUCCCGAAACAAUGGAAGGAGUUUUAUGUGUACAUGAACAUGCGAUUCACGGAGGAUGCUAAGCAGAAUCCUGUCCAAAUUCCUAAGUCCAGAACCAACGGCUGGCAAGCUUCGUGGAAGAAAUUCUUGAUCGACAUGAUGUAUCUAAGAGGCUACGUGAGCCUCUACCCAAACUUCCCGAACCAGGCGAGCUUCUCCACCAAUCACAUGGAGCCUGGGGCGCAUAUUGCGGCGAAGGACAACAUUGUUAAGCACAACAAGGAUGAUUUUGAGGUGCCAUUAUUGAAACAGGACUUUAGGGAUCUUCUCCCCAACGGGAAAAUGCCGCCAGCGUCGAAACUACCGUCGCUCAACCUCUUCAACCAGGCAGUUUCGCUCAAGGGGUUGAAGUCUGCUGGCGCGAAGCUGAAACAGGAUGUCCUUAAAUGCGACGCUGCAGAGGUUGUUGUUGUUCAUCACGACACCGGCUUGCCUUCGCACUGUGCGAGAUUCUGAAAAUCGUGGUUGUUGGAUCUACCUAGAGGUUAAUAUCAUUCUUUUAAGAUUUUGGUUCUUUAUGUUAUAUGUUAUAUUACACCAGGGGUGAUUGGAGAAACUGAUCCAUCACCCCCACCCUUAAUGUAAUGCGACAAGCCACAACAUUCAAUAUACAUAGAUUAUUUAGUUACAUCAGCAUAACAUAUAAUGAAAGCUUCGAUUUAUGGGAAA